AUGGAAAUGGCGAAUUCAUGUGACCACUGUUCCAAUGGAGCUUCGGUUUCUGAUGAAGGGGAACCCAUUUUUACUUCACUUCCACUCUCUCGUGCCAGUGAACUCACCAUUUCCUUUGAAGGCGAGGUCUAUGUUUUCCCUUCCGUUACGCCACAAAAGGUGCAGGCUGUAUUGUUACUCUUAGGAGGGCAAGAGAUACCCAAUAGCAUCCCCACCUCUGACUUUUUGGCGCAGCAAAAUUAUCAGGACAUUUGGGGAAUAAAUGAUCCUUCGCGUAAUUCAAAGCUUUCGCGGAGAUUUGAGUCACUUGUUAGGUUCCGUGAAAAACGAAAAGACAGAUGUUUUGAGAAGAAAAUUCGGUACACUUGCCGUAAAGAGGUUGCUGAGAGGAUGCAACGGAAGAAUGGACAGUUUGCAUCAUUGAAGGAAGAGUAUAGUUCUCCUGCUGAAAAUCAGGAUUUUAACAACGGUGCACCUUGCCCAAAAUCUAAUGAGCGUAGAUGUCACCAUUGUGGAAUUGGUGAGAAGUCUACUCCAGUAAUGCGUCGAGGACCGGCUGGUCCAAGAUCUCUAUGCAACGCCUGUGGGCUCAUGUGGGCAAAUAAGGGAAUGCUGAGAGAUCUCAACAGAGCUGGAAGGAUUGCUUUUGAACAGAAUGAACUGGAUACUUCAACUGACAUAAAGUUUUCAACAACAGAGCCAGAAAAUUCAUGUGCUGCGCAGGACAAGGAGGGUGGUUUUAUUUCUCAGGAAAUAAAGGAAAGCCCCCGGGAAACAAAGCCCGUGCAAAUGGAUGCCAUACAGUCACCCGAGAUGAUAGAUGAGCAGUAUAUGCUUGAAUCUGCUGAAGCUGUUGUUGACAACUUAUCCAUUCAAGUGGAGAACAAUGCUCUUGAUCUGCAUGGGCAGGAUAAGACAAUGGAGGAUCUUGCUGAUGCUUCUGGGAUUGAAUUUGAGAUUCCCGCCGGUUUUGAUGAUCAGGUUGAUAUUGAUGAUCCCAACAUGAGGACUUUCUGGCUGUGA